GCACUUAAAGCUCAAGCCAUCUGAAAAUCAGUAUCACGCUCUGUUCGACUGAUUACAGGGAAAGAACACAACUUUGAGAGAGACGGAAACCGGAGAUGGCAGGAGUAGGAGCGUUUUGGGGCUCGCGCGUGAUGGAGAUAGUGAAGAAGCAUGACUCCGGUGGUCUUGUUUGGAAGAGAAUAAAGCUAACCUCAACCCGUAAAGCCAAUGCCAAGAAGCGUCUCCUCCGCGUUUGGCAGAAUGAGGCUGUCCUAAGGGCAUGUGCGGAACCACCACCUUCAAAAACAUCAAGAGCUGGGCCUGGUGGAGUUGGUGAUGGAGAAAGUACGAGUAGCCAAGCUACGCAACAAAAUUAGUAAGGAUAUAUUAGACAAGCCUGAAAGGAGUAUUUUGAUGAAUCUGGCUAAAUAUUGCCAAGACAAAUUUUGUUGCAACCUUAUAUUAGAAUUAUGUUGGCUGUGAUAAAUGGCUAUCGCAUUGAUGCUCAUAAUUAAGAUUGUUAGUGUCUCUCAUUUUUGGCAUGGUUGGGCCUCUGAACUCCAUAGUAAAUUCACGUCAUCAAAUGAACUGUAAUUAUUGUAUUCUUUAAGUUCAGUUCUUUUGAUAGGAAUUUUAGCUUGUGGAUGAGACUCUUCUAAUAGUUUUUCUUCCAA